AUGUCCCUCCUCAAAAUCCCACUCAUUCUCUCGUCUGCUGUCGCUGUGCACGUAGCGCUCACUCCCCCGCACGCCCCACCAAAGAACGAGGUUGUUCAUGAUAACUUUAAUGAGUGGGUCAUCAUCCAGCACGUUAAAUACGGGCUCCCGAUCUCAAAGAUAGUUUACUGGGGUGUUUCUUUGGCAGAAAUAGCUCUCGCCGUCUCUCGUAUGGCAGAUCCCAAAACACUUCCCAGCGUGAUACAAAACACGAUCGGUCCAUUUCUUCCGAGAAUCCAGGACGUGCCAAUCACUCGUCCUUUCAUCCUCGGUACCGCACUCGUUGCCACGGCGGGAUACCUCCGCUGGUCAUGUUUCCGGACCCUUGGUAAAUUCUUCACAUUCGAGCUCACUGCCCGCAAGGGUCACCAGCUUGUCACGAAUGGACCAUAUUCGGUCGUACGCCAUCCCUCCUACUCGGCAGCUAUUCUGCAGUACAUCGGCAUAGUGGUCUUGCACGGAUCUGCGACUUCGUGGCUUAGACAAUCAGGAGUCUUAAGUCUCCCUGGAGUGAAACCAGUUCUGCUGGCAUGGAUAUUGGAGAGAACGAUUACUGUGACAAGCCUCGUGCGCAGGAUCAAUCAAGAGGAAGAAGUCGUGAAGUCUAUGUUUGGAGACGAAUGGCAGAGGUGGGCAAAUACGGUCAGGUACCGGCUCAUACCCGGCAUCUACUAA